AUGAUCAAAUCGAAUUCGCUACUGUUGUUUCUUUAUUAUGUUUUUCUUACCGUCACCGCCGAUCAUCUAGAUGACGGAUUUAUGAAGUUUAAUGUUUCAAAAGAAUCUUCUGAAACUUGCAAUGAAGAAUUCGAAGGGAUUAAAACAUGUUUGACAAAUGUUGCAGUAAAAUAUAACAAUGGCUCAGAAGAUACAACCAUAUUAAUGGAUAAACAAAUCAUGUUGUCACUUAUGGAAGAUUUUGAAAAUGCAUCUUGCUUUAAUUCAUGUUCAAACUGCACGAAUGUGAAACUUGGAAAACAUAUUUACGAUGCACUUUACUUCAUUGGAGAGAAAAUUUACCGUCAUGGAUUUGAAUGCAUCCGUAAAGAGUAUCAAAAACUUGUGGUGACAGGCAAACACUGUAUAAAUAUGAUUCUGGUCAGUGGUGAAGUCAAGGAUCGAUCUUUCAAUGCUUUUCUACCCGCACUGAAGAAAGUUGGCGAAUGUGUGGUUUCCCGAUUGAAUUGCUCGUUUAUCGAGAAAAGUGCUCUGGUGGCUGCAACUUAUAGAACUGUUGAUCUGGUAGAUGGUUUCAUUCAUCCUGAGAAAAUGCUCGACAAUAUCGGAGUCGCCCGAUUUGAUAUAAGUAUGGAGGAAGUGUCAUCAAUUUUAUCGUUUUUCACGUCGUUCUUCUGA